AUGUUCGCCCGCCUCGCAUUCACCCGCUCUAUCCACACCACCCCCCGCCUCUUCUCCGCCACAGAAACCAUCGAGGCCUCCCUCCGAAAUGCCCUCAAGGCUGCUAUGAAGUCCAAGGACAAGCCCGCCGCUGCAUGCCUCAAGUCUAUCUUGGCUGAUGUGACGAACGCUGCCAAGAGCGGACCUAAUCCCAACGAGCCUGCGACGCAAGAAAGCAUCAUCUCUGUCCUGCGUAAAGGUCUCACUCAACGCACACAAGCGGCAGAGUCAUAUGCCCCCUCUUCACCCUCCGCCCAUCCCGAGAACUACGCCUCCCUCACAAAAGAGAUCGCCCUCAUCCGUUCAUUCCUCCCCGCCGCCCCCUCUGAAGAAGCAGUCCAGGCUGCUGUGACCAAGAUUAUCCAAGCGCUACCAGAGGAUGUGCGGUCUUCUAAGGGCGCGGCUGGUAAAGUGCUGCAGACGUUGUGGGAAGAGUUGGGCGAUGGGAAGGCGGCGGUGGACAAGAAGGCUGUGGGCAAGUGGGUGCAGGACUCAUUGAAGAAGUAG